GAAAUUCACCUGUCGUCCUACAUAUUUCCAUCGUCAACAUCAAAAAAGCUAUCUUAUGCCUUCAGACUUGUCUAAUUUUAAUUCUUAGUCAAUUAAAUACUCAACAAGUGUCGAGAUUCAGGACAUAAUAACCAGCUUCGGCGCACGCGCGACCUGCGAAGUUUUGUUCACGCGCCUUACUUCAGAUUUCAUCAGCUCUUACUAUCUAAUUCAUUCUAUUAUUUCAUUCAUUUUCGACACGGAUUGUGGAUUUUAGAUACAUUCUUGGAACGCAAAAUGACUUCAACUGAAAUUGAACCGGUAAACUCCAUAGAGCUACAACUUGCGCGAGAUACCCUUGGUCCUUUCAUCGAUGCACCAACUGCACAGCUAUUCUUGCCGCAGGCCAGUCAGAUUCCCCAAGCUGCAUGGGAGAUCAUCAGAAGAGUCCUCGAGAAGAAUCCCCAGGCAAGGGAGGAUGUGACCUGCCUGACAAAAUUAUUAGCAGAAGAGAGCCAAGCAGCACUGGACCUCAAUAUGGCUGGCCUGGGCGCCAUCGAUGCCGUGGAGCCUUCCGACUUCUCAUUAAAGCCGACAGAAAGGCUUCCUCUGACAGAUAAAUGUCAUCACUACACAGGCCAGCACGAAGUCCCCUGGGACCUCCAAAAAUACUUCAGUCAAAGAUACUCCAUCUUUUCAUUUUAUGAUGGCGGAGUUUACAUGACAGAUGAUGCAUGGUUUGGCGUCACACCCGAGCCGGUAGCAAACCAAAUUGCGUAUGAAUUAUCUGAGGACCACUAUGAUCCAAAGAAAACCACCUUGAUUGAUGCCUUUGGUGGCGCUGGUGGCAAUACAAUUGCAUUCGCUUUAUCCGAGCGAUGGGAACGAAUAAUUUCUAUCGAGCGUGACCCUGCUACGCUUGCUUGCGCCCAGCAUAACGCUGAGCUGUACGGCGUCGAUCCAGGUGUAGUCACUUGGGUCCUUGGCGACAGCUUUGACUAUGUUAAUCAGCUUGUUAAUUCACCAGAAAAGCUGCAUCCAGACCUGAGGGUUGAUUUGCAGUCCACUACGGUAUUUGCCAGCCCCCCUUGGGGAGGGCCUGGAUAUAGAACCGAUGAGAUCUUUGAUCUGAGUACAAUGCAGCCAUAUAGCCUGAACCAGCUACACGAAGCCUACAAGAAAAUGGAUCACUUGCUGUUCCUUCCAAGGACAAGCGACAUUCGCCAGAUUGCGAAACUUGCACCAGAGGGGCAAAAGCUUGAGGUUAUCCAAUACUGCGUAGAGGGGGCCAGCAAGGCCAUGGGCGUCUAUAUUCCGGGAGAACUUCCACCAACAUCUGAGGAAUAACUCGUCAUCUUUUUCAUCUACAACAUGCAUGCAUGAUUUUAAGCGUUUGCAUCAGUGUAUAAGCAAAGAAACUUUUAUCUAUACCCGAGCAUCUAUGUAUAUUUUAC